AUGCCCCCCCGCAACAACCCCCUCCCCGCCGCCGUCCGCCUCUUCAACUGCACAAUCUGCGACAAGGGCUACCCGCGCCAAGUCGACUAUGAAAACCACCUGCGCUCCUACGACCACAACCACCGCCAGCGCCUGGCCGACAUGAAGAAGCUGACGGCCUCCAACGCCGACCCGGAGAGCCAGAAGCCCAAGCAGGGCCUGGACAUGCGGAGUAUCAAUGUCGAGGAGGCGGGGAGGAAGAUGGGUGCUGGGGGUCGGUUCACGAAGAUUGGGUCGGGCGGCGCAGCGGGGAAGGGGUUUAAGAAGGUUGGGGUGGUGGUGGGGGAGAAGAAGGAAGAGGUGGUUGUGCCGAAGAGCGAGGGGGAGAUUGUCGUGGCUGAGGUGGCGGUGGAGAAGAGUGUAGAGGGCAAGAAGGAAGCAGAGGAUACGGCCAUGGCAGAUCGGGACGAGGAAGAAGUGGUCACGUGGGAAGAAUACGACUUCACUAAGCCGACGGGAUGCGAUCAUGCGAGUUGUCCGGGAUGUAAGACUGAUGGGAUAUGGAGCGGCGAGUGGGUUGCUGUGUGA